AUGAAUGAAUCGUUUGGAGAGGUCGUAAAGUACAUCCCAGACGACGAGGUCGAACGAUUGCCUGAAUUGAUUACAAGAGCACAGCAACAGUUGUUCGAUGUCUCAGUGACGAAGACAACCCGCUAUCGCUUCUGUCCACCUUAUGAGGGCCAUUAUGCCUUUGUUGAUGUGGUGGUGCGCCCAUUCAACCAAGUGUCGUACCCUUGCUUCAAUGUUAUCGUUGAAUAUCAGCUUUGCUGCACCACUGUUGAUCACGAUAGUCAUGCCAAUGACUACUUCAAGGUGAAGAUUCAGGAAGUCUACGACACUUAUAUUCGACCUGUCCAGCGCAAGUUCGAUGAUGGCUGCAGAACAAAAUUCCCUCCUCCGUCAGAUCCGUCGAAGACUUGCUUAGAGAAGAAAACACAUUAUAUGUCGAGAGCGGAGGAGGCCACAGAAUCUGAUUGUCCUACUCCAGUCGCCACCCAUGGCCUAGCAUCCGCCAACCUCGAAGUUGGAACUCGGCACCAGAACUCUCAUAGCUCGCAACUUGCUGGAGGUGCGCUCCCGUUGACUGCCACAGAUGGCCACUUCAACAACAACAACAGAGGAGCUGGUCCUAGUCGUGUCAAACUUACAGAUACUAUUCUCAAGAAGUUCCAAAGUGGACAAGAUCAAAUAACGAAAAUAAAGAAAGGCAAAACCGCAAAGAGGAAAAGAACGAAGGUGCCAAUAGACCCAUCUCACCCGGAUGGAUCGCAAGAGGAGCCAACAGACACAUCUUACCAGGAUACAUCGCAAGAGGAUCCAACAGACACAUCUUACCAGGAUACAUUGCAAGAGGAUCCCAUUGAAAACGUGAUCAUGCGCAUCGAUGCCAUGCGUCUGGGGGACGAUCAAAAAGGUCAGAAUAUCUCCGAGACAAUUUUGAAGACAUUGGAAGGAGGGUUUAUUGAGCUUCAUGAUGGCGUCCGUAGGACCAAGUGGCUAAGUUGGUAUUUCGCUGGAUGCUUCAGCCUCUGCCAGCAUAAAAUGGGCCUACAACCAGCAAACAAACGAUUGGACCAUCGCGCUGAUGGAGUUCAAGUCCUACAUCGAAUCGUCAACAGGAUGAUUCAGUUGAAAGGCAUCCCUGGUCUGAUGAUGUUAUGUGCUGCAGCCGGUAAUAUCCUUGAACCGACCCCCAGUGAUCGCUCUGAGCUAAAGAAGAUAGAGAAAGGAUUCUAUUUUUACCAUGCCGGACGCAUCUCCGGACCCGAAAAAGUCGAGUUCUGUCGCCAGGUUGCUGAGGAAUUGUGUAAAUCGGAAUUGAGUGCCCUUCCGCAAGCCCAAAGAAUACCUUGCCCGACGGUCUGGAUCAGCCAUUUCCUGCCCGAUGUGAGUCACAAAGAGGCCUGCCGCCUCCUUGAAAUUCCAGAACUCGGUCGGAUACCACUGAAGACCGUCCUAAUUGACCUUCGGAACGGACAUUCCAUGCCUGAGCAGACAUAUCCAUACUCCUUCCUCGAAGCUGAAUGGAAAAAGCACUCGUCAGGGAAAUCGUUACCUUCACAAGAGGAGGAAGCCCCUCAGAUUGAAGCUCCACUCCCAACAGAGCGGGCUGAGUCUCCUAAUGUCCCCGGUGGAGAGGCCGAGGCGGAAGAACAGAUGGACGAUGCGUCUGUGAGCGCCCCUACUGAAAUACCCAGUGGUUAUGACGCCAGUGAUUCUGAGCCUGAGGAGCGGCGGUCUAAAUGGUGUCGUGUGGAAGGUGCCUGCAGAGACAUCGCCGCAGACAUUGAACACGUUAACCCCGAGUCAAGUUUUUCUCAAGCCCUGACUCCCGGUAGGGACGGUGCAGACGAGUUUACCAACGACCAACCUACCGCGGACAACCUUAUUCCACAUGAACUCAGACCCUUUGCACCAAAUGCAUUCGCUGAUUGUGGAGAACGCCAUUCAGGGCAUCAUGCUGGUGAUCUACAUGGACUUGGGUCGACCGCGCAGGACCUCAUGGGGCAUGAAUCCUGCCGCGGAAAUGACGUCCCUGGGAUUCUGAGGGACUUUGAACAUGAACACAGAAGCUUGGACAUGUCUCUGCUUCAAAAUGACAAUGGAGGAUCGUCCAGUGUCCCUUCCGGCCGAUAUGCAGUCGACAACACUACCCUACCCGAGCUACCAAAUGAGGUCGAUUUUGACCCGCCAGGGCAAGAUCAACUCUGGGAACGGCACGAUGAGAAUGGAGAUGCCGAUUCCACAUACAUCAUUUCUCGUUGGGAUGCCUGGAUCGACUAUUCGGAAGACUUGAACUUCAGUGGUUAUUCAUUGCCGCUUCCAGACAGCUUCGAAUCUCUAUGA